UGUGUAUGUGUAUGUGUGUGUGUUUACCCCCUCCGAGCUUCAACUGUGGCCGGGCUCCUUCAACCAACCACUAUUCUGACAUUUAACUCCGGAAACACAAAUGUAAGCAGCGCUGCGUUACAUCCUAAAGUGAGACGGAACGGCGAGGCGCUUGAUCAGCUGUCGGACAGCGGUUGGAACUGGCCACGAUGUCGAGGGUGGUGAAGAAAAGGCAAGCGGACCCCAAAGUGGUUCAGUAUGUUUGGUCGGCCAUCGAAGUCAUUCGCAAUCAGAAACAAAUCGCCAACAUGGACAGAAUCUCAAAGUAUUUAAGUCGUGUGUAUGGUAUGCACCCUAAAGACACAGCCAGGCAGCUGGUUUUGGCUGUGAAAGAUGGUUUGGUGGUGGAAACGCUCACAGUGGGCUGCAAAGGCUCAAAGGCCGGGAUUGAACAGGAGGGCUACUGGCUCCCAGGAGAUGAGAUGGAGCAGAUGUCAGAGGGAAGCAAGGACUGGGAGGCAGAAAGUCAUGAUUGGUACUGCUUUGAGUGUCACCUUCCUGGAGACGUGAUGGAGUGUGACGGCUGUUUCCGUGUUUACCACCUACGGUGUGUGUCGGAAGACCACCGGCCGCGGGACACGACCUCCCACUGGCAGUGCGGCAUCUGCAGGGGCAGUAAAAGGAAGAAUUUGAACAAACAGGAAAUGACAACAUACCUGAAGUUCAUUCUUGGACGCAUGAAGGAAAGGGCUGUAGACCUGCACAAGAGAGGCAAAGAGGCAAAGCAGCCCAUAUACAAAAGACUGAUCCACACGCCUCUGGAUGUGGAAAACAUACAAGAGAACAUCUCAGAUGGGAAGUACAAGAGCUUUGAGGAGUUCAGGGCUGAUGCUCAACUUAUAGUUCACAACACCGCCAUUCUGCACGGAGUCAACAGCGAUCAGACUGAAAUUGCGAGACUUCUCUAUAACGACACAUGCCAUGAGCUGAAUGAGUUAAUGCUGUGCAGAACCUGCUUUUAUCUCUCAAAUGCGCGACCUGACAAUUGGUUCUGCUACCCAUGUUCUCCGAACCAUGAGCUGGUUUGGGCCAGGAUGAAGGGCUUUGGUUACUGGCCUGCCAAGGUGAUGCAGAGGGAGGGCAACCAGGUGGAUGUCCGGUUUUUUGGUCACCAGCACCAAAGGGCAUGGAUUCCUUCUGACAACAUCCAGGACAUCACGGUCAGUGUGCAGCAGCUGCAGGUAAAGCGCAGCUCAGGCUGGAAAAAGGCCUGCGAUGAGCUGGAGCUCCACCAGCGCUUUGUGAGGGAGGGCAGAACCUGGAAGGGCAAACCGGAGGAAAAGAACGACAGGUCAGAGAGGCACGAAAGGCAGGAAGAACGACAGGAAGAAGCCGAGUCAAGCAUCUCGUCCACAUCCAAUGAGCAGUCUAGAGUCAACCAAGAGCCCAAGGCUAAAAAGAGCCGUCGUUCCCAAGUCGCCGAGCCCAAAGAAGAGGAACCUGAGCCCGAGAUGGAAGCAGUCAGUUCUAGUCAAGAGAUUCCAACAGCUGUUCCACAUCAGCCGGAGCGUAUGUCCGUCUCCACGCAGACCAAAAAGUCUAGCUCCCCUUCAUCCUCUUCCUCUCCGGCCCCUCGCAUGAUCCACAAAGGCACACAGACAGUAAAUGAAGGCAACUGCCAAAACAUGUGCCACGACAAAUACUCCAAGAUCUUCAGCGACGUUAAAGAAAUGAUGAAGGCGGAGAACAAACGGGAGACCGAACGAGUCCUGAAAGAGGCUCUGGACAAGCUGCGAGGAGAGAUGGAGGAAGAGAAAAGGCAGGCGGUGAACAAAGCGGUGUCCAGCACGCAGGCCGAGAUGGAGAGAAAGUGCAAACAGGUGAAGGAGAAGUGCAAAGAGGAGCUCAUGGAGGAGAUGAAGAAGAUGGUGUCUCAGCAUAAACAACUUCUUUCACAGACCAAGAAGAAGCAGUGGUGUUAUAACUGUGAAGAAGAGGCCAUGUACCACUGCUGCUGGAACACGUCAUAUUGCUCCAUCAAAUGCCAGCAGGAGCACUGGCACGCCGAUCACAAACGUACCUGCCGCCGGAAGAGAUGAGCUACAGCAGGACACGCCCUUUCCUCUUGACUCCACCCACCACGAGACACGCUAUUGGGUAGAUUUUAACACUUCCCACCCUCCCCCCUGCCCACGGAUUCUUGAUUUGUAGCCAGCAUCUUAAACCCAGCUCCACAGAACACUUUUAUCGGGGACAUUUUGCUGAGUUGCGAUGAAUGCUAACAGGGCAAGCCAGUGCGGGAUUGCACAAUCUUUGCGGAGGUUGAUUUUAACGGUAUCCUUUUUCUUUUCGCAUAUCCCUUUUUCGGUUUUACCUUUUUGUUUGCUGUACGACAGAAAUCAGCCUUGCUCGCUUACAAGACAGACUAGCUGAAAUGUGAAGUACUAGUUAUCUUUUUAAACACAACUUAAUCUGAAGCUAUGUAGAUAUUUGACUUUUUUAUAUGAGCGAAUAAUGUCAGCCUCUUGCAUUGAGAUGGUGAAGUUGGUGCUUUUAAACUCGACGGUUGGUUUUUAAUCAGUAGUUGUGAUGUCUUUUUUUUUUUUCUUUGGGGAACAGGGUUUAAAGAUGGCAAGUCAUGUCUGUCUGAACGAUACAAUCUUCCAUUAAUGAAUAUGCACAUUUCAUGGAUACACCUUUUAAUAGGCCUUUUCAUUAGUAACGAAAAACUAAAUGAUGUGCUAAUUUUAGGGUCCAUUUCUGUAGAUUGCAUACUAAAUCUUAGUGAAGCGUGGAGAAAUAUUACCAGUCCUUUAAGGAAGAAUGAACGAAACCUGACGAUUUUAUAUUGCAACAUUGAAAUCAGACUUAAGAUUGUACAGAGAUCAGUGUAAAGUAAACAAUCAGAAAUUAUCUCUAUAGGGGUUUAUCACCGAGAGUUGUGGCACUUUUUGAACUUAAAAAUGAUUUAAAAAUCUCCUCAAGCCGCUCCAAACCUGAUAUUAAGUGCUGCUCUAUGAAAAUUUCUGCACUUAGACUCCAUCCGCUUUCAUUUUAUGGAAAUAGAGCAGCUUGAACGCACUACUAAGAUUCUCCUUUUGUGUUUUUCAUUAAAAGAGCAGGUUUGGAAUGACACGAUGAGGAGUAAAUGCUAAAAUUAGAAUUUUGAGGUGGAUUAAUAUACCUUUAAAUAUUGCAAUAAGAAAUUCUAAGUACAAAUGAGUAAGAUCUAUCUUUAGAGUUUUGUCUAAGCUGAAGGAUGUAGGGGAAAAUGUGAGGUUUUCGCACAGGACCAUACUUGCGCGCGCACCUUUGUUCUGUUUCUCUCUUAAGUUCUGGAUGCGUCUUAAAUCAAGUCUGAAACAUUCAAGUUUCUGUUUCUCUCUCGCUCCCUUCCCAACCUCACCGUUGCACUACAUGUAAAUAACUGUUUGCCGCUAACAUUGACUGAUGACGUUUGCACGUUAGCAUCUGUACAUUUCAUGAACGCAUCGACUGUGUAUUUGAUAAAGUCAGUCUGUAAAGGAAAAAAAAACAACAAUAUUUGUGAUUUUAACGGUAAUCUGUUCCAUUCCAGUGUGCAUGAAAUCAGGUUGUGUGUACCUAAUUUUAAUCUUGCGUGUCAUCGGUGAUGCAGUAUGUCUUUUUGGUUUUCCAGGGUAAUCUGACACCACUUUGUAAUGCCAAGUAACCCUUUUUUUUAAAUGCAAAUUUCAUUUUUAACUUAUAUUUAUGCGGACAGAAUAAUGACUACUGAGAAUUUCCGACACCCAGAGAGAAGUGUGCUAUACGAACAUCUGUCUCACAUGUGCAUACGAGUUAAAAUGUGGUGUAAACGUUUCCCUUUUCUUGCAUUUCAUUAUGUAACAGUACUAUGUAUAAAUAAAACAUAUCAACCGGUAA